UUGGUUUACGGUUGUAUGGCUGCUCCAGCUACAAUCGUUACAAUUUUUAUUACUAAUACUUUUUUGAUUUUGCUUGUCUAAUCUAAAUGUGGGGUACUUUAUUAAUUAGUGCCUUUAUUUUACUAUUAAUAUGGGAUUAUUUCAAUAAGAAACAUCGCAAUGAAAUAUUAAGAAAAUCCAAUAUCUAUGGCGGUCUAUCGCUGCCUUUAAUAGGAGGAGCUUUGCGUAUGGUGGGCACCAACUCACAAAAUGUCAUCGAUCGUUUGCGUUUGUUUGUUAAGGAAAAUGGCAAAAUGUUUCAUACUUGGGUUCUACAUCAGCUGGUUGUAUUUUGUGCCGAUCCUAAGGUCCUAGAGACUCUGCUUAGUAGUCCCGUGCAUAUAACAAAGAAUAAUGUCUAUGAUAUGUUGUCUUUGUGGUUGGGAGAUGGUCUGCUUAUGAGUACGGGCAAAAAGUGGCACACACGUCGCAAGAUCAUAACGCCCAGUUUUCAUUUCAAGAUUUUGGAGGAGUUUGUGGAGAUAUUUGAUCGUCAAACUAAUGUUAUGAUCAAGCAGUUAAGUGCUAAGGUCAAAGAUGAAAAUGUAGCCAUUGAUAUGUUUCCGGUAGUGUGUUUGACAGCUUUGGAUAUCAUAGCAGAGACGGCCAUGGGAGUACAGGUUAAUGCUCAGUCGAAUCCGAAUAUUGGUUAUGUGCAGUCGGUGAAAAUAGUAACCGAAAUCAUCUCAACUCGCCUACGUAAACCUCUCUGGCGCACAGAUGGUCUCUUCAAACUAUUUGCCCCUCAUGUUCAUCAAAACAUGAUGAAACACAUAAAUCUUAUGCAAAAUUUUACCAAAGAUGUCAUCGAAAAACGUCGAGACACCCUAGAAAACUUACUCAAAAAUACAGACACCGAAAAACCUCAAGAAAUUGAUGAAGAUGAUGCCAUUGGUGGUAAGAAACAUAUGGCUCUCCUAGAUCUUCUGUUGCAAGCCUCAGUUGAGGGAAAACCUUUAAGCAAUGAGGAUAUACGUGAAGAGGUGGAAACUUUUAUGUUUGAAGGACAUGAUACCACCACCAGUGGUACCUCAUUUGCUCUCUAUGUAAUAUCCAGACACCCCGAGGUGCAAAAGAAAUUAUUUGCCGAAAUAAGAGAAGUAAUAGGAGAUGAUAAGAAUCAAGCGCCCUCCUAUAGACAAUUGCAAAAUCUACGUUAUAUGGAAUGUGUUAUAAAGGAAUCAAUGAGAUUGUAUCCUCCAGUACCCAUAAUUGGCAGAUAUUUUAAAGAGGAUACGGAUUUGAAUGGCACUAUUAUACCCGGUGAUUGUCAUUUAAAUGUACCCUUAUUUGUGGUCUUACGUGAUCCUGACUACUUCCAAGAUCCCAAUGACUUUAAGCCCGAACGUUUUGCUUCAGAAAAUCCCGAAGAUAUUUUUCCAUUUGCCUAUACGCCCUUUAGUGCGGGGCCACGCAAUUGUAUUGGUCAAAAAUAUGCUAUGCUGGAAAUGAAGAGUGUUAUAAGUAAAAUUUUGCGUCAUUAUGAAUUGCUGCCUGUAGGACCUGAGGUGGUGCCGGUAUUGAGUUUAAUUUUACGUUCCAAAACUGGCACACAUAUUGGUUUAAAACCGAGAUUGUACUCGGUGUAUUAGUAGUAUUAUUAAUCUUUGAAUUGAAAAACAAAGGUGGAUUAAAAGCUUUUCAAAAUAUAUUUUUUUUAGAAAAUUAGAAGCAUAUUAAAAUUCUGUAUAUUAAAAA